CUGGAUAAUAUAAAAAUAGUUAAAUAAAUAUUAUUUGCAUCCAUUAAUUCCAUAAUUUCAUUUAAUAAUAUUAAUCGAUUCAUCUUUUCUUUAGAGCGUCAAGUACAGUUAUCACAGUACUGUGCCACUCCGCUUCAACUUUUUUUCUCCCCCUGAAAAAGCUACUGAUUCUCUCUCCUCACAACCAUUAAAAUCCUUUUUUAAAGCUUUCUCUCUCUAGAAUCAAGUCUCAUUCACUGCUCUAAUUCUUCAAUCGAGGCAGUUUUUUAAUGGAUUCCUAGAAUUUGAGCAAUUCCGCAAAGUUCAGUUACUCGCUUUGUUACUUUUUGUAUUUUCUUUUGGUUUUCGUGUUGGAGUGAGGGUAGGUUUGCUUUUUUGUUUAAACUUGAUUUUUUUUGUAAACUUGGUCUUCUGCUUCCAUUGACGAGCUGCAUUUUUUUGGGACGAGAUGGAGGAGGGUGCUCCUCUUGUACAUUCUGUCCAAAUUGUAAACGCGGACCCUAUCAUAUCUGAAUCCGAGGAGUUGUGCAAUGCUUCUGUUGAUGUUGAUGAUGCUCACAAGUCAACUGUUAGGUCUGUUAAUAAGAGAGCAGAACCAAAGAGUGUUUUAACUUCCAAAACAGGUUCGGAGAAAUCACGUGUAGGCAGGAGUGCUCAUAGUACUAAUGCAGCACCUGUAACUGCAACUACAAGAAGAAAUAGCACUGGUGGGUCAGGGUCUGGUUUAGGGUCUUCUAAGAGACAGCAGUUGGGUCCUGGUGAAAGAAAACCAUCUGUCCCUUCUGUUUCUGAGCCGUCACGGCGUUCAUUGCCAGAAACGAGGACAUCUAAGCUUCCUGAUGUCAGUAAGAGUGUCAGAGAGGUGAAGAAAUUAGGGUCAGUUUCACCUGCUGCUACAACUUUGAAGACACCCACAAGUACAAGUUAUAGUAAGAUUGAUCCAGUUAGCAAGCCUCGGUUUACAAGAACUACAGGUUCUUCAACAAAAAUGGUUGAUUCUUCUUCAUCAGCUGGUAGCACUAUUAAGAAGUUAGUCUCCAAGAACUUGACUUCUUCAGCUCGAUCCCCUGCAGUUACUACCACUAAUGAAUUGAAGAAAAGUAACAAGUUUUCUUCACCUUCAGCUCGGUCUCCAUCUGUAAAUAGUGGGUUUAAAAAGGGUGCAACAUCUGCAUCUCGAGACCGGAAUUCAAGUUUGUCUGGUGAGAAGAAGGUAACAACCCCUGAAUCCCAGGAUUCUCGGUUCAUUGUAUUGCCACAAGUGGAAAUGAAAGCUGGGGAUGAUCUGAGGUUGGAUAUGAGAGGUCAAAGAAUACGUAAUCUGAAUGCAAGUGGAUUGAAAUUGACACAAAAUUUAGAGUUUGUUUAUCUCAGGGACAAUCUACUAUCUUCACUAGAAGGUAUUGAAAUUCUGAAGAGAGUUAAGGUGCUUGAUUUGAGCUUCAAUGAUUUCAAAGGGCCAGGAUUUGAACCACUUCAGAACUGUCAAGUCUUGCAGCAACUGUAUCUUGCUGGAAAUCAGAUUACAUCACUAUCAAGCCUUCCCGAACUUCCUAAUUUGGAGUUUCUUUCUGUUGCUCAAAAUAAGUUAAAAUCUCUCUGUAUGGCGAGUCAACCUCGGUUGCAGGUGUUGGCAGCCAGCAAAAAUAAAUUAUCAUCUCUUAAAGGAUUUCCUCAUUUACCUGUUCUCGAGCAUUUAAGAAUUGAGGAGAACCCGAUUCUCCGGAUGCCUCAUUUAGAAGCGGCAUCCAUUUUACUUGUUGGUCCUACUUUAAAGAAGUUCAAUGAUAGAGAUCUGUCUAAGGAAGAAAUGGCAAUUGCUAAACAUUACCCUGCACAUACUGCUCUUUGUAUUAAAGAUGGCUGGGAAUUCUGCUCCCCAGACCGUGCUACAGACUCAACUUUUGAUUUCCUCAUGGAGCAUUGGAAGGAGCAGCUGCCCCCAGGCUUUCAGCUCAAGGAAGCAUCAAUUGAUCUUCCUUUUGAAGAAGAUGCUUGUCGCUGUCACUUUAUUUUCCUACAGAACCAUGGGAAUGACUUGCACUUGGUUCUAAAAUACCAAUGGUAUGUAGGAGAGGGGGUUCUUUCAACCUUUAAAGCUAUCUCUGGUGCCAUUUCUGAGGUGUAUAGUCCAAAGCACGAUGAUGUCAACAAGUAUUUGAAAGUUGAAUGCAUCCCUGUAUUAGGGGAGAUUGAAUAUCCACCAAUAUUCGCAAUUUCUUCACUGGUUUCUCCUGGAACUGGAUGUCCAAAGGUUUUGAACCUUGACGUGCGCGGUGACCUUGUUGAGGGAAAUGUCAUCAGGGGCUGUGCUGAGGUGGCAUGGUGUGGUGGGACCCCAGGAAAAGGUGUUUCCAGUUGGUUACGGAGAAAAUGGAACAGCAUCCCUGUGGUCAUUUCAGGAGCUGAAGAUGAUGAAUAUCAGUUGACUAUGGAUGAUGUUGAUUCAAGUUUAGUUUUUAUGUACACACCAGUGACAAGUGAAGGUACCAAAGGAGAGCCUCAAUAUGCAAUCACUGAUUAUGUAAAAGCGGCUCCUCCAUCAGUCUCCAAUUUGCGAAUAAUUGGAGAUUUUGUUGAGGGCAACACCAUCAAGGGUUCCGGAGAUUACUUUGGAGGAAGAGAAGGCCCGAGCAAGUAUGUUUGGCUGCGUGAGAACAAUGACACAGGAGUUCUUGAAUUGGUCUUAAAUGGAGCUGCUGACUAUACCUUGACGCGGGAAGAUGUUGGCAGUCGUGUGGUUUUUACAUAUAUUCCUGUGAAUUUCGAAGGCAAAGAAGGGGAAUCUGCAUCUGUGUUUUCUGAUAUGAUAAGACAAGCACCCCCAAAAGUAACAAAUACAAGAAUAAUUGGUGAAUUAAGAGAGGGAAGUAAGAUUACUGUGAGUGGUACAGUCACUGGAGGAACAGAAGGCGCAAGCAGAGUUCAAUGGUUUAAAUCAAGUUCAUUAACUUUAUUUGGGGAGGAUGGUCUUGAAGCGUUGAGCAUGUCCAAGAUUGCAAAGGCGUUUCGGAUACCAUUGGGUGCAGUUGGCAGCUAUAUUGUCGCAAAAUUCACUCCUAUGACGCCUGAUGGUGAAGCGGGUGAACCAGCAUACGUAGUAUCAGAGAAGACCGUUGAGACUCUCCCUCCCAGUCUGAAUUUCUUGUCAGUCACUGGUGAUUAUGCAGAGGGAGAAAUGUUGACAGCAUCCUAUGGUUAUAUAGGAGGUCAUGAAGGAAGAAGCAUGUAUAAUUGGUAUCUUCAUGAGGAUCAAAAUGAUUCAGGCACUUCAAUUAGUGAAGUUUCAGGCCGCCUUCAGUACCAAAUUCCCAAGGAAGCCAUUGGUAAAUUCAUCUCCUUUAGAUGUAUACCUGUUCGAGAUGAUGGUAUGAUCGGUCAACCAAGAAUUUGCAUGGGACAAGAGCGUGUUCGUGCUGGAAACCCAAGGCUUGUCUCCUUGCAAAUAGCCGGAAAAUCUGUUGAAGGUUCAAUGUUGGUAGCUGAGAAGCUAUAUUGGGGUGGUGAAGAGGGGGAGUCAGUUUUUCGCUGGUUUCGGGGUGAUUCAAGUGGGCAAAAGCUUGAAAUCAGUGAUGCUAUCACUGCAUCCUACACCCUUUCAGUUGAUGAUGUUGGGUGCUUUAUUUCAGUGUCAUGUGAACCAGUUAGAAGUGAUUGGGCACGUGGUCCAGUAGUGCUUUCUGAACAACUUGGCCCAAUAGUACCCGGGCCUCCUUUAUGUGAGGCACUCAAGUUUUCUGGAUCAAUGAUGGAAGGGGAACGGUUAACCUUUAUUGCAUCAUAUAGUGGAGGGGUCAAAGGCGACUGUUGUAGUGAGUGGUUUAGGGUACAAAACAAUGGUCACAAGGAGAAACUAUGUGCUAAUGAUUUUUUGGAUUUAACUCUCGAAGAUGUUGCAUCUCGCAUUGAGGUAACUUUCACUCCGGUUCGUAAUGACGGAGCAAGAGGAAAUCCGCAGAGUACUGUAUCUGAUAUUAUAAUGCCUGCUGAUCCUGUGGGUUUAGAGCUUGUAAUUCCCGAUUGUCAUGAGGCUGAUAUGGUACUUCCUCGUAAGAGGUACUUUGGUGGACAUGAAGGUGACGGAGAAUACAUUUGGUAUCGAACAAAGAAUAUGCUUCAUGGACCCGACUUGAGUGGCAUAUCUGAUGCUGAUGAAAACAUUACUGUUUGUGGUCGAAAUUUAACAUACACACCGUGUCUGGAUGAUGUGGGGUCAUAUUUGGUGUUAUAUUGGCUUCCAAUCCGUAAAGAUGGAAAACCCGGAAAACCAUUGGUUUCAAUUUGUGAUGAUCCAGUUGCCCCAGCUUAUCCAGUAGUAAAAUAUCUUCAUGUGAAAGCCUUGAAUUUGAGUACUUAUGUGGGUGAAGGAGAAUAUUUUGGGGGACAUGAAGGAUCAAGUUUAUUUAGCUGGUAUAGAGUAACAGUUGAUGGUACUAUGACUUUGAUAAAUGGGGCUGAUUCUCAAACUUAUAUAGUCACUGAAUCAGAUUACAAUUGCCGUUUAUUGUUCGGCUAUACACCAGUUCGUUCAGAUUUGGUUGUUGGAGAAAUGAAGCUAUCUGACCCAACAGAAAUAAUUCUGCCAGACCUAUUACAAAUUGAGAUGGUUGCUCUCACCGGAAAAGCAAUGGAAGGAGAAAUGCUCACUGCUGUUGAAGUUAUUCCCAAUAGUGAAAGCCAACAAGACAUUUGGGGCAAGUAUAAGAAAUAUGUCAAAUAUAUAUGGUAUCAUUCUGAUUCUGGGGAUGUGUGGGAGAUAUUUUCUUCGGAGAACUCAUGCUCUUAUAAAUUGCGUUUUGAUGACAUUGAUCGUUACUUGAGAUGCGAGUGCAUUGUUACUGAUGUAUUUGGAAGGUCAAGUGAGCCUGUACAUACUGAAAUUAUUCAUAUAUUGCCAGGUAUCCCUCGAAUAAGUAAGCUGGAGAUUGAGGGAAGAGGAUUUCAUACUAAUUUGUAUGCUGUUCGAGGAAUAUAUAGUGGAGGUAAAGAGGGAAAAAGUAGAAUACAGUGGCUUAGGUCCAUGGUUGGCAGUCCAGAUCUCAUUUCUAUUCCUGGAGAAAUCGGAAGGAUGUAUGAAGCCAAUGUGGAUGACGUGGGAUAUCGACUAGUAGCUGUAUACACCCCAGUGCGUGAAGAUGGAGUUGAGGGGAACCCUGUUUCGACUUCAACAGAGCCAAUAGCAGUUGAGCCUGAUGUUCUUGAAGAAGUGAAGAAAAAGCUUGACCUUGGGUCUGUGAAGUUCGAGGUAAUAUGCAACAAGGCUCCAUCAUCAAAGAAGGUUUUGGAUACUGGGGGUCUUGAAAGGAGAAUACUUGAAAUCAACAAAAAGAGAGUCAAGGUUGUCAAGCCUGGUUCUAAAACCUCCUUUCCGACAACUGAAAUGCGGGGCAGUUAUGCUCCCCCAUUCCAUGUUGAGGUUUUCCGCAACGACCAACAUCGGUUGAGGAUUGUUGUUGAUAGCGAGAAUGAGGUAGACAUUAUGGUGCAUACCCGCCACUUGAGGGAUGUCAUUGUUCUUGUUCUUCGUGGCAUAGCUCAGAAGUUCAACAGUACAUCUCUUAAUUCUUUGCUGAAAAUAGAAGCUUAGGAAAUUGUUCACAUUUCUACACUGUAAAAGUUUUGUAAGCACUGAUUGAGGUUUGUCUCAUAUCUGUUUCUCGUUCUGUAUGGAAUUGACAUCAUAAUUUUGUACAGUUGAUGACUAGUGUUGUACUUCAAUUUAUACGAUUAUUCAAAAAUACUUCUCAAUAUUCGUUCAAA